UAAAGGCACAUCUGAACCUCGGUUGCAGAGAUAUAAAUGGAGCUCGCCGAAUGCUAGCAUAGAGAGAAGCCAUAUUUCAUUAUCGCAUUUCCUUUUACAGUGUGCAACUCAGCCAAAAACAUGGAAAAUCAGAAAAAGCCUUCAUCGUCCACGGACGGGUUCUUUCAAAUUCUACCCGACGUGCCCCCUGCGUAUACACAUACCGAAACUCAGCAACAAGGUCGCCAUAUUGGAUCAGACGACACGGUCUUUGCGAGAAUCUUAGAGCUGUAUCUUCCAAGAGAAUCUGCUGAAGUGGGCACCGCUAUUCACAAACUUGGUCGCCGCGCUCUCCAUCCAUCAACCCUACGCCUGGCCACCGAUGCCGAGGUAAACCAGCCCGUUCUCCGGCCACUCACCACGUUCGGUGGAGAGAAUCGUAUCGAUCCUCUGUGGACAGGUGAGGGCUGGAGAACACUCAAAGCGAUUGGGCAAGAAGAGGGGUUGGUCACUGUGGCGUAUGAAGAGGACAAUAGUUCCUGGAAUCGGCGGGUUCAUCAGUUCGCGCUCAAUCAUGUCUGGAGUAGUAGUGCAGCCAUGACUGGCUGCCCUGCGUCGAUGACAGAUGGGGCAGCGAAGUUGCUGGCGGGGCAUUUGGAUGAUCCUGACGGUGACCAACCCGGGCGCAGCGGGGUGCUCCGCGAGGCAUACCGGCGGCUGAUAUCGCGAGAUCCAAAUGAGGCUUGGACUACUGGGCAGUGGAUGACCGAACGAACUGGCGGGAGUGAUGUACGAGAGACAGAAACAGUUGCGCGACGAUUGACUGUAGAGGAAGCGUCCCAAGACGUGGAGACUGGACGAGACCUUGACGCUCACGGUAUGCCGUUGGGACCAUGGCGUAUCGAUGGUUUUAAAUGGUUCAGCAGUGCAACAGACUCGGACAUGACUUUGAUGCUAGCCCAAACGGAUGAGGGGCUUAGUCUGUUCUAUACCCCUACACGACGACGCUCCAGUAAGCAGAAAGACGCUGGGGAGCUAAACGGGAUUCGCAUUCAGCGCCUUAAGGAUAAACUCGGCACCAAGUCUCUGCCCACAGCUGAGCUGGAACUGAAGGGCGUCCGGAGCUGGCUAAUAGGCCAAAAGGGCAAAGGUGUGAAAGAAAUUUCCACAGUUCUUAACAUCACUCGACUGUAUACCGCAGGCGGAUCUGUUGCAGGUUGGGGUCGCGGUCUCGCAGUCUGCCGGGCGUACACUCGGGUCCGCAAAGUGCGAGGAGCCCUCCUUCAAGAAAAUAGGCAGCACGUUCGAUGGAUGGCAAGCGAAACCAUGAAGUAUUGGGCGGCAAUGCAUCUCACAUUUUUUGGUAUUGCAUUGCAAGGCACCGCGGAGCAGGAUUGGGAAUCAAUGGUUCGCAACACAAAGGCCACUAACCUAAUUCCACGGGAUAACACGAAGGCGGCAACCCUUCUUCGACUUGUCACCCCGAUUAUGAAAGCUGUGGUCAGUGUCAAUGCAGUACAUGGACUACGUUCCUGUAUGGAGUGCCUUGGCGGGGUUGGCUAUUGCGAAAACAACGAAGAUGGUGGCUUGCUGAACAUUGCGAAGAUAUUCCGUGAUACCGCUGUCAAUCCCAUUUGGGAAGGAACGGUCAGUGUGAUGGCGGAAGAUGUGGUUCGGGUCGUCACUGACAAACGUCUUGGAGGGGGAAAGGUAGUGGACACAGUUCUUGCGGAUUGGGUGAAGAACAUCCUCGCUACCUGCCAGCUCAAGUUCGCAGAGGAGUGCGUUGUUGUGCAGCAGAGGCUUGAUGCUUUGCGGGAAAUAACAAGUAGACUCGGCAAGGAGGAGCUCCUGUGGCGUGGAAGGGAACUUCUUGAACAUGUGGCCGCAAUUGUGUGUUCCUGUCUGCUCAUGUACGAUGCAUCCUCUGAUGGCGAUGACAUUGCGAUAGAGGUUGCAUCCAGGUGGAUGCGUUCCAAAGCUCUUCAGGGUACCCAAAUUCCUGUCAAAGGCACAGAUUGGCAUCGCGAGGCUGCCAUUGAUAAGAGAAUAUUUCUGGGAGAAACCACGCUUCUGUCCAAGAUCUGAGAAGCAGUGGCUGCUAGCCUCUUCAGCAAUUAUUAUUUCUAAUUUUAGGAUUAAUUAUCUCAUGCCCAUA